AUGACUCAUGAUUAUGAAGAACUUUACAACACUAAAAUGGGUUGCGAUACUAUUAUCAACGUGGGUGAUAAAGAAUUCCAGGCUCACAAAACCAUUUUAAUGGCACGGAGUCCCGUUUUAGCUGCAAUGUUUUAUCAUGAUAUGAUUGAAAAAAAAGAAAAUAAAAUAUCUAUACCAGACAUUACUCCAGAGACCUUCGAAAAGGUCUUAAAAUAUAUCUACACUGAUGAAAUAACUGAUCUGGAUGCGGAUGCUGAACGUUUAUUAGAAGCCGCAGACAAAUACCAGCUACAGUCACUUAAAGAAAUGUGCCAAGAAUCGCUUAGUGGAACUCUAACUGUUGACAAUGCAUUAAAAAUAAUGACUUUAGCUGACCGCCAUAGUGCCAAAGAUUUAUUAGAAUUUACGAUUGAUUAUAUGGCAUCAAAAAUUAAAGAUAUUAUCGUGACUGAAGACUUUCAAGUCCUUGAAAAAUCAAAUGUUACUGAGGUAUUUGGAUUAAUAAAGAAAUUAUCAUCUCAUAAGUAA